AUGGCGAGCCUCCUGUCCGCCGCGGUGUUAGUCACCGCCGUUCAGGCAUUGGCCUUUGAUGGAAAGCCCGCACAGCCAACAGAUGGCUUAAUACCGAAUCCUACCUUCUCGAUGCCCGAAAUCACCCUUGGACCGGAUAUUCACGAGCUGGCUAGGAGACAGACUGGACAGACGGUACUUGUGGCACCAGACAACACGUGCGGAUACGUCAACGGGCGAGUCGGCUCUGCGUAUACUUGUAACGGCUUGGACUACACAUGCGCCCUCGUCACCACAUCAACAGUUGGCGCCAUCGCUUGCUGCGACGGCAGCGACUGCGGUCUCCGAGUCACAUGUGUUGAUUAUAUAGAUUUCGUAUAUUCAAGCGCGUGUGACGAAGACUGUGUUUCAGAUACCUAUACAGCUAAAUGCACGCACGCCAGCGCGCCGUACUGCGGCACAGUGACCUUAUUCUCGGGCAUCUCAGACUUCUUCUGCGAUACAGAUAGCGCCUCGACGCCGCAGCAGCUGUACACUACCUACAGCGGCGAGACCGGACGGACAUUUACUCCGGUCGUCGUUACGCUAGACGACGACGACGACUCGAGCACGACACGCGCUUCUUCCGAAACUGAGGCCGCCGCGGGCUCAACCGGCACGAGCACCGCCUCGUCGGACAACGAUGACAGCUCGUCAUCAAACUCAUCGAAUUCGGGCAACUCUUCUUCUAAAUCCUCCAAAUCCACACCCGUUGGCGCCAUCGUCGGCGGCGUCGUCGGAGGUGUCGCAGGUCUCGCGCUAAUCGGACUCGGCAUAUUCUUCCUCAUCCGUCACCAAAGCCAAAAGAAGAAGGCCGCAGCAGCAGCAGCAGCCGCCGCAGCCACCACACCGCAAAUGCAGCAAGGACCCCCCGGAGCACCCGCCCAGCAACCGUACAACGCACACUACAGCCAGCAAUACCCGUCGCAGCCGGGCUCGCCGCCGGCGAGUUUCGGCCCGCAGACCGCGUACUACCCGGACCCGACCAAGCCGGGCGGCUUCGUCGCGGUGGCCGCCGAGGCGCCGGAUCGGAACAGCUCAACGAGCCCCGUGUCGCAGCUCGACAGCGUCAACCGGCCGGGAAGCAUGCAGCCGCCGCCCACGAGCCCGACGUCGACGAUCAACUCGAACUGGCAACACCAGCAGGGCCAGAACGGCGUUAAUAUGGCAGGAGGAUACCCGAUGCAACAACAACAGCAGCAGCAGCCUAAUGUGCCGCCUACCGUGCACGAGGCUGGUGGGAAUGUGGUCGGUGAGCGGGAUUAUAAUGCGAAUCAUCAUGGUCAGUUCCAUGAGUUGGGUUGA